ACGUGCGAUGAUUAAUGAAUCCUAUAUGAAGUAUCGAUCUGAACAGCUGUCAUGGCGUCCUUUGCAGGAAGUUUCUUUCCAGAUUUCAUGCGCAGAUAAUUCAACAUUGCAAAGGCUUGAAAUUCGAAAAAUGAAUUUAGACCGAGCCCUUCUUCCUGGGCCAUUAUGUGCACCUCUUGCCUACGAUCCUUCAUUCAAAGUUGAGGUCCGCCUUCAUGAGCCACUCUGGAAGGUUCAGUUUUCUCCAGACGAUGUUGCUAUUGAAGUUCUGACUUUGUGUUCCCAACUGGAGCCACUUUGCAAGAAGGAGUACGCUACAACAAUGGGAAAGAUCGAUGCAGGCCACAAAGUGGAAUAUCAAAACAAAUUUGAACCAAAAGCACAAGUACUCUUUGAGAAAAUGCGAGAAAUGAUCCAUUUUCUUCCAGAUCCUAAACCAUCUUUGAAAGAUUACUUACGGCAGACUGGAUUGUCUCUACUGUUUCCAAAAGUCACUUCAUAUUUAACAAAUCCUGAGAGACCAGCAUUUCAAACCCAGAAAUCUUCCAUGGAUGGAUAUUUUCCACACCUUGGAAUGUUGAACCAGCUUAUAACACUGAGUCAUCAGCUGAACAGUGAUGCCUUCAACCUCACCAAUCAUAAAUACAUGGCUCAUCAGACUGCGCUGCUUUAUCAAUCUGUAAAUCAGGCUGGCACUCUGAUGAUGGACUACAAAAAGAAUAUUGAGUCAAAUUUCAAAAGUUUGAAAGCUGGUCUGGUACCAAAAGACAAAGAUUCUGUUCCAAGGUUACCCCAUGAACAAAAAGAAUGGAUUAACAAUGUCACAGCCAAUAUUCUGGAUGAUGUGCAGUCCUUGCCCCCAGGUCUUACCCAGCCUAUGAUAUCAGCCAUGACCUUUGUGGAGCAACAGAGACAAUGAAUAAAUAGUUUGUUAUUUGUUUAGUUUACAUUUAACUUCUGAUGUAAUCUUUUGGCUACAAAUUUUAUUAUUAUGUACUGUGUUUACCGGCAGAUAGGCUGCAGUAUUUUCGGAAAAAUCACCAGUACAAGCUUUUUGACACCUCAUUAAUAUACACAAUAGCUCAAGAAUUUUAUACUUAAAAUUGUUCCUCUUCUUAUUACCCAACAUCGCUUUCACAUUGAGUCAGCAAUCAUUCAUUGUGUACAGCUAUAUACUUAGUCCAUAUUUUCAAAGAAUCUUGGUCCUCUCCAUAGCAAUGAGCACAUCAAGUUUUCCAAGCUGUUUCUUGUUUGAGGAAGUCCAGUACAGCUUGCAUGGGGGCAAUAAAAUACAUGCCGCGUACAUGCCUGUUUGGUUAUGUAUAGAUAAACAAAAUCACUUAUAAAUGUCACUCAAAUUAAGAAUAAUUAACGUAUUGUACAGUUUUCAACAGUUUAAACAGUUAUGCUAUAUGCCUAUAUAACAACUGAAAGUCUUUACACCUAAACUCCUGAGAUCUGAUUGUUAAUUUUUCUCUCUAGCUUCUACUCAUUUUCCUGUAACUUGGUUACAUGAAUUUGCAGUUAAAUCAAGACGACAACUUCAACCUGAUAAAUUUGAAUAUUCUUAUAACCUGUUUGCUGGAUAUUGUAUGUGUGUUAUAGAGAGAAGUUACUUUUCAAUCACCUCUGGGGGUUAGAGAGUGUAGGAAAGGGUUGUUUAAAAAAAAAGGUGUUAAGUACAUAAUGCAGUUUUGCAGUGAUCAUAGUAUCUUCUGGUUCUUUGGCAAUCAUAGGGCCAUGACUGUUGAUGAUUUUCCAUCAGCAUUACUUACAUCAGUAUCCAUAUUCUCCAAGUACUCUGGUACUAACAAUGAGUAUCUUUUUAACCACCUUUAACUCCCAAGAUCUCAUUAGUAAUUCUCCUUACUGUCUGCCAUAUAGUUCUUGUGAUGUUAGUUUGGAGAAUUUGGUUUUGGAUCAACUAAUAAUCCCCUAAUUAAGAUUUUCCUUUAUUCUCAUCACUUGUCUGCUUGAUUUUGUAUUGAAAUUGUAAGGAGAAAUUCUUUGUUGGUCACUCAUGGGAGUUAAAGGUUUAUUAGGGUAUAAAUUUUGCCAUGUAAAGGUUUCCAAGCUCACCCAUGUAGUGAUGUAAGAACUUUAAAUAUUGUAACAGAAAAAUGUCAAGAGAUCUCUGGCAAAAGAAACCUUGUUAAUUAUGGGCUGUGGGCUAUUAGGCAAAGUGAAUGUCAGUUAUAAUGUUCAUCUCAACAAAUUAUAUUGUCCUUUAACGGCCAGCUCAUAUGCUGACAUAGCCACUUUAAAAAUGUAUUGUCUCAAUCUAAUUUCUUAUACCUGUUUUUGUUAAUACAGGUAUAAUUAUAACUAUUGUAGGCUUCCAUGCGGUUUUGUCUCUAAAAUACAAGUACCGUUAAGUGUAAGGUUGUAGAAAAUUUGAUAGUAAUGCACAGUUGUGAAUCACUUCUAAUUUAUUUAAUAUUUAACAAGUAUCAGGUAAUUACUUAGUUAGCCAGUAAAUCUGAAGAUUUUAAUUUAUAAUUAAAUGCCAGAGGGAAAAGUAGUUGUUAUUGAGUUGAUGUUACCAUAAGUUCCAUCAGCGCCCUCUUUUUUUAAAGAAGAAUUCCUCUCUAUGAAUGUGAGCCCCCUUUUGAAAAGUCAAAUGUAUUAUCCACUCCUUCUCAUGAAAACGGACGGCACUCAGCUUGACAAGACUCAGCUUGACAAGAGAGACGGGAACCCGUCAGUGCGUUAUUCGCGUGUUUUACUUGGAACCGAAAGCUGCUUAAAUAUGCUGCACCUAAGUUUGAGUCUGGUGCUGUUAAAGACGGUAAAGAAG